CCCAGUACGGCAGGAUCCGGACUCCGGCCCGGACUACGAGGCGCUGCCGGCUGGAGCCACUGUCACCACGCACAUGGUGGCGGGCGCCGUGGCAGGGAUCCUGGAGCAUUGCGUGAUGUACCCCAUCGACUGCGUCAAGGCACUUCACACGAUUCGAACCGGUACUCCGUGCAAGCAAGGUCCGGGCUGGGAGUUGAGCCCACUCAGGAGCCAGGACUUAUUUCUAGCCGUCAGUGAGAUCUGAAUCGGGACUCAUGAUCAAAAAAUCUGUCAGCCAAAGUCGGAGAUCCCACCUGGGACUAAACAGGAAUAGGGUGGGAUUGGGGAUCCCGAAGCACAGGCCUCAGAAGCAAGCAUCAGACUUUAUCUAUAGGGAUAGGCUCUGCAACCCAAAGCAGUGAGAACCCUUCUCAGAACCAUCUGGCUAAGUCCCCACCUGCUUCCAAGACCCGGAUGCAGAGUCUACAGCCUGACCCAGCUGCCCGUUAUCGAAAUGUGUUGGAGGCCCUCAGGAGGAUUAUAAGAACGGAGGGCCUCUGGAGGCCCAUGCGGGGGCUGAACGUCACAGCAACAGGCGCAGGCCCUGCUCACGCCCUCUAUUUUGCCUGCUACGAAAAGUUGAAAAAGACAUUGAGUGAUAUAAUCCAUCCAGGGGGCAAUAGCCAUAUUGCCAAUGGUGCAGCCGGGUGUGUGGCAACAUUACUUCAUGAUGCAGCCAUGAAUCCGGUGGAAGUGGUCAAGCAGAGGAUGCAGAUGUACAACUCACCAUACCACCGGGUGACAGACUGUGUACGGGCAGUGUGGCAAAAUGAAGGGGCUGGAGCCUUUUACCGCAGCUACACCACCCAGCUAGCCAUGAACGUUCCCUUCCAAGCCAUCCACUUCAUGACCUAUGAAUUCCUGCAGGAGCACUUUAACCCCCAGAGACGGUACAACCCCAGCUCCCAUGUCCUUUCCGGAGCCUGUGCAGGAGCUGUAGCUGCCGCUGCCACAACCCCACUGGACGUUUGCAAAACACUGCUCAAUACCCAGGAAUCCCUGGCUUUGAACUCAAACAUUACAGGACACAUCACAGGCAUGGCUAGUGCCUUCAGGACGGUAUAUCAAGUAGGCGGGGUGACCGCAUACUUCCGAGGGGUGCAGGCACGAGUAAUUUACCAGAUCCCCUCCACAGCCAUCGCAUGGUCUGUGUAUGAGUUCUUCAAAUACCUGAUCACUAAACGGCAAGAAGAGUGGAGAGCCGGCAAGUGAAGGAGCACUGUGUGCAGCCAGGGGUAGACAGCACUGCUGCGGCCUGUCCCCUCCAGCCGUGUUCUGCCUCCUGGCACACUCCAGCCUUGAGUGGAGUUGGGAGGAAGGGAGAGGGCUCUCCCUGGCCUCUCAGUGUUGUGGCUAACACCAGUUCCCGCCAGCCUUGUUGCCUCACCACCUCUCCUCCCAGGCCUUGGGCGAGUACAGCAGAGCACCCCUUAGCACUUCUGUCAACCUCCGUCAUGGGCCUGGUGACCCGCUCUAGACUGUUAUAGAGGGCUAAGCAGCACAUUCCCCUGGUUCCUAAUAAAAAGCCUUUAAAUGAAA